CGAAAGCUGGGUAAAGACCGGAUAAGAGAGCUCAACACCCAAAUCUUAAGAUGCACGCGGAUACAUCAGCACUUCCUUCAUGAAUUCGAAUCUUGUUUGGAAGCCAAGUGUCUGCAAAGAUGUAAGCUGAACCCUCUCCAGUAGCGGAGCGAUGGCUAGCACCCAUCUCACUACGUCUCGCUCACUCCGCGUAGCAAGACAGUUCUGAAUGUCCAACA